AUGGGUGUCAAAAUAAUUAUACUUGUGCUCGUCUCCCUAUUUAACAAGGCAAAUGGCUCCAUUUACGAACUCUCUGUGGCCGAUGAAGAAAUAUUUAGCAGCUGCUCCAAUCCUGAGCCAGGCACCCUCGACAUCCAUGGACUCUUUGAUUUAUCAGAGUUCUCCACUUCCAUGGAUGCGGAUGCACUGACUGUAAGCGGAAAUCAGACCUUGAUGUGGGACAUCCAACGCGGGGAUCGCGUACAGCUGUCCAUUAAGCUCUUCUACUUCGAUCGGGGCACGUGGACGUCAACUGCUUUCUCUAUAUAUUCCAAUGAUUUCUGCAAAACAAUGUAUGAUAAAAGUAAUAUACUUUAUGAGCCCUGGACAGGACAUGUCAUAAACGAUGUGAAGGAUCUUUGUAUAAAUGUUCCAGGGACGAAGCUCGUUCUGGAGACUUAUUUCCUCAGUUUGUCCGCCUCAGUUAUCGCCCCACUCCGUGAAGGCACCAUUAUAUUUCGAGCCUUCGACUGCACGGGAACUCAGAGACCCACCCACAUUUGCUGCGAAGUAGUAGGAGAUGUUUUUAAGAUUAGAAACUAACGUAAAAUCCUUUCAACAACUGAUUGUAGUAAAGUUAAUAAUCAAACAUAC